AUGCAGGAAAUGGACUUUACUGCAAGGCCGAGAUUGGCUGUGCUUGACUUGAUCGUUCUUCAACAACCUGCGAAACAAAAGGAAGUCAAUAUUGUGGUGAAUAAAGAGAUAACUAACAAGAGGGAUGUGGCAACAGAGCCACCGAUAGGAAAUAUUGUAGUUGGAAACACUGAAAUUGGGAACGAGCAACAAACUGAAAUAUCAAAUGAUCCCCUGGAUACAAGAAAGGUAGAUACCAUAGGUGCACAAACUAAUGUAUCUACUGAGUCACCAAUAGUAGACAAUACAGAGUUGAUAUUGGCAGCUGAUUUGAACAAUGAUACCAUCAAUGAGAUGUCUAAGCUGCAAACUAUGGCCAUUGAUGAAUAUAUAAAUUACGUCAAUCCCCCAGCGGUGCAUAAAUUUCAGAACGCCAAUGGAGAGAAAGUACUUUGUGUAAAAUAUGACAACCAGAUAUCCCUUCAAUCGGGAAAGAAUAGCAAAGGUUCAAGGGAUAAUUUUGUGUACAAAAAUUCGUCGGUAGAAGAGUGCCCAGAGGGAAGUGUGCCCAUCGUGGAGAUCACACGUGAGCGUGUUGAAAGAGCAGGAUCUCUGAGACAAUACUUAAAUACAGGAUUGUACGAUGACACAAAAGAAAAUAAGGAGUACGCAGUAGUACAAAUUAUACCAAGGGGAAGCCAGGAGAUCCAUGAAAUCAAAGCGGCUUUCAAUGUAUGGCAGCCUUCCGUGGACACCAGUAAUUCAGUUUAUAGUGCCGCUCAAAUGCGUGUUGUCCAUCGGAAUCUUGAUGGGUCAAUAAACGAAAAUAUGGAAGCUGGAUUGAUGGUUUACCCCAGUCACUAUGGGAGUCCACGCGUUACAUUUUAUAUUGUCCAUAAGCUUUCCCGCGAGGGUGAGGAACAAAUUUGCUUCGACCUAUGUUGUAAUGAUUUUAUUCAAGAAGGAACAGAAUUCUAUCCAGGAAUGCCAGUUCAUCCUAUUUCUGUAUAUGAUGGUGCACAAACGGACAGCACCAUAAGCAUAAGAAGAGAAACCAGGGAUAACAAUACAGAAAAUCUAGUGUGGGCAGUAUAUUUACAAGACAAGUUAGUGGGUCAUUGGCCUGCAGGGAUUUUCAAGGACUUGACAUAUUAUGCGAAUUGGGUCCAAAUUGGAGGACAUGUAGUGGUAAAAUCUGCUGAUAGAUCGACUCCGUACCCCAAGACGCAGAUGGGUAGUGGACACUUCCCUAAAUAUGGUUAUAAGAAAGCAGCUUAUAUUAGGAACAUACAAUUGUUUACUAUUAAUGGUGUUCUUAUAACUGAAAGUGACAGGAGUUAUCGGGUAACUAGGGAAAGUUGUUAUGGUGUACAAGGAUAUAUGGAAAACGAUAACUAUUGGGGACAUCAUAUAAAUUAUGGAGGUCCUGGAGGUGAAGAUCUUCUUUGUACAUAUUGA